AUGGUGUUUCUGAGCUUUAACUCCGCGAUCACUGCGCCAGACGAUGUGGCAGAGCUGCAUGGUGAAGACCAGGAUGAUGGUGGAAUGCCUGAUGGGCUAGCUUUGAGGUUUACAUGGGUGGUUUGGCAGCAGCGGGCUGCAUCCAAAACGGUGCCCUACGAACAAGCGACGAAGCAGCUUGCAACCAUGGCUUCGGUGGAGGAUUUUUGGCAGACUUGGGAAGUCUUGCCACAACCCAGCGAGCUGCUGACGAGGCGAAUGGCUUCGAAGACGUCUGACGCCGAGGCGGAGACCCCACUGGUCGACGCCUUGAUGAUCUUUCGCCAAGGGGUCUUGCCACAGUGGGAGGAUGCUGCAAACUCUGGUGGUGGGCACUUUCAGUUUCACUUCAAGACCUCCAUGGGUGGUGCGCAGAUUGAUGAGUACUGGAACAACGUCGUGCUGGGCACUCUGGGGAACACUUUGGAGCCUGCGGACAUGAUCACUGGUUUGCGGCUGGUGGACAAGGUCACCGGCCUGAAAGCCGGAGUGCCCAGCACCAUCCGCAUCGAGGUCUGGUUUGGCAGCGCCCAGGAUCAGCAGGCGGUGGCUGCACUUCAACGCAACGUGGAGUGCUGUUUGGCCACCCGAACACUGGAGGGACGCCUGGGCAAUGUGCCCAAGGCGGAGCUCAAGGUUCACAAGCUCACGCGGCAUCAACGAGAGAAAAGGCCGUGCCAAAGCUCCACCCAAAGCAGAUUGAUGCGGACCAAAUAG